GAACUCGCCUCGGUACGGUGUUCUGGGUCCAGCUCCAUGUGGGUUUGUUAACUCUGAGGCUACAGCGGCUGGGUUUAAGGAUGCUCGUUUGGGUCGACUGUCACGAACUGAGCUUGGGAUUAUAUCUGGAGAUAUGAGGAUUGUCUCUCUCCCUCCUCACAGUAAAAGCCUAAAGCCUCGCUCGCACUGACACAAUGUGGAGGACAUCAUCAGCUGGGAAUAUAUAAUACAUAUAUAUACACACUUCUUCAAUUCCAGCCGGGCUGGUUUUUGCUUUCUGCGCAUCCCUCCAUUCACGUUCUGCAUCCAUCUAUCCAUCCGUUCAUCCAUCCAUCGAAAAAGAGCUGUGAAGAAUAAGACGACAAAGUGAAAGAAGAAGAAGAAGAAGAAGAAGAAGAAGAAGGAGUAGAAGAAGAACGACCCCGUGCCCCCCCUCCCCCCCAACAGCUCCAUCAUCAUCACCAACAUCUUCAUCGCUUCUUUCAUGCGACUCCUUGGGCCAGACUCCACAUCCAGAAUGAACUGUGAGCAGGACUUCGGAGACGGGGGCAUGAACGUCACUCUCACCCUCAGGUUGCUCAUGCAUGGCAAGGAGGUCGGGAGCAUCAUCGGCAAGAAAGGAGAAACUGUGAAGAGGAUACGAGAGGAGAGCAGUGCACGCAUCAAUAUCUCAGAGGGUUCCUGCCCAGAGCGGAUCAUCACCAUCACCGGCCCCACAGAGUGUGUGUUCCGGGCCUUCACCAUGAUCACCAUAAAGCUUGAGGAGGACCUGACUGCGCUCGUGGCUAAUGGUACAGUCACCAGCAAGCCUCCGGUCACGUUGCGGCUGGUUAUCCCUGCCAGCCAGUGCGGAUCUCUCAUUGGCAAGGGAGGCUCCAAAAUCAAAGAGAUCAGAGAGAGCACGGGGGCACAAGUGCAGGUAGCAGGAGACCUGCUUCCCAACUCCACAGAACGAGGAGUGACGAUAUCUGGAAGCCAAGACGCCAUUAUUCAGUGUGUCAAACUCAUCUGCACUGUCAUACUCGAGUCUCCUCCCAAGGGCGCCACCAUCCCGUACCGUCCCAGCCCCUCGCCGGGGGCCGUGCUGCUGUCUGGAAAUCAGGUUUUUGAAGCGUCCGAGUUCGGCUCUCACCCUCUUUUCUCAGUGGCUCAAGGAGCUCUGGAUCUGCAACAAGCGUACACUGUACAGAACCAAUAUGGCAUUCCACAUUCAGAGUUGGCCAAGCUGCAUCAGUUGUCCAUGCAACAGGGACUUGCACCCAUCGCCCAGCCAGCAGCGACCCCCGUCCUGCCCGCAGGCAUGGACUCCAGCUCCCAGACGGCGUCGCAGGAGCUGCUCAUUCCAAACGACCUGAUCGGUUCCAUCAUCGGCAGACAAGGUACGAAAAUCAACGAGAUCCGCCAGGUAUCCGGGGCUCAGAUCAAAAUCGGCAGUCAGCUGGACAGCACCAGCGACCGGCACGUCACCAUCACCGGCUCCCCCAUCAGCAUCAACCUGGCCCAGUAUCUCAUCACGUCCUGUUUAGAGACCGCCAAAUCCACCGCCCAGUCCUCCUCCAUGUCGACCCCUGUAGACCUGAACAUGAGCUUCACCCAGCCCGCCUCCCCUGCCUCGUCCUCCGCCGCAGCCCUGGCAGCGAUGGGCGGCCUGCCCCACGCUCCCAUCCUGGGCGCCCCCUAUGCCCUCCCCCUCUCCAGCAUCCUGGGAAUGAAAUCCGUCCCCUUCCUGGCACUCUCCACGCCCACUGCCACAGCUGCCGCCGCCGCUGCCGCCGCCGCCGCUGCAGCCCCGGCCCACGGCACCCUGGCCUCCUACACCGCCAAGAUCUCCUCGGCCAACGGCAUCAAGAAGCCGGAGCGACAGAAGUUCGCCCCCUACUGAUCUCGCCGGGGAAAAGCGACGGGAAAAAAAUUGUACCUUCCGUACGUACCUGCGUAGCUACGUAGGUCUUGUUCCAGGGACGAGAACCGGUGAGGGAUUCCUUCAGCGGACCUCCUUCCCUCUCCUGCCCAUUGUAGCCGUGUAAUCCAGAGAACUUACCUUCUUUAUUUUGUCGUUUUUAAUUUGUUUCUUUGUUUUUUUUCACAUUUUUUCACUUUACUGUUCUGUAGACCCGGAAAAGGUACUACUAAGACACUAAAACACUGUACGUGGACGACGUUAUCUUUACGUCUGUUUAGAGAUCCAUCUAUCUAGUUCUAUUUAUGUUUUCCGGCUCCAGAAGCCUCAAAAAAGCCAUAGCCUAAUCCUAUUCUUAAUCCUAAUCCUAAUCCUGAUCCUAAUCCUGAUCCUGAUCCUAAAUUUGUUCCCCUGACUCCUGUUGUUACUAUUAUCAUUAUUAUUAUUAUUAUGAUUAUAAUAAUAUACUCAUCUAUUGUCUGCUCUUAUUUAUUAACACUUAUAAUUACAAUUAUAAUAUUAUUACAAAUACUCCCACUGAAGAAUUUUUGAGUUUGUAAAAAAAAGUUACGACACUGGGCGACUGAUGCUAAACACUUCUGUAUCAGCUUUUAUACAAAAAAUGUCUGUGUGUAUGCUUCUGUAUACAACUUUCUCAUUUUUUUAAGACUCUUUAAACGAUGUAUAAAAAAAAAAGACUUUUUAAGAAGACAACAGAUUUAAACCUCGCUUUGUGUUAAUGUUUGUUUUUAAUGUGUUGUAUUUUUCUUUUUUGCGUUGAUUUGAGAACGAGUUAUUUAUUUUAUUUAUUACGACUUGUCAUUUUCUUUUUUUUCGUUGCAAUCAAUGUUUUGUUUUUCAUAAUGACACACACAUAUGACACACACACACACACACACACACACACACACAUACACAUACACUAAAAAAAAGAACAAAAACAGUUGUUUCGAGGUCCGUGUACUUUUGGUUAUUUGUUUCUUUUUUUUUUUUAUCUUAAAAACAAUUCUUGAAAUUUUAACAUUUUAAUAAUGGGCCAUUUCUUGUUUGUUUUUUUUUUUUCAUUCUGUUUUUGUCAGUGGAAAGAAAAAAAGGUUACUUUUUUAACAUAAAACAAAUAGAAAUGUAAUAAAUUAAUUUAAUUUUUUUUUUUUUUUUUUUACAAAAAUAGACAUUUUUGAAAGGAUAUUAAUAAUUAAAUAAAACAAAUUACCAAAUGUACACAGACCUUCCUGCCCUCAUACCUUUUCUCAAGGUCCUAUAUAUACAGUAUACGAGUUAAUUGACUACUACUAUUGUUGGAUGGAAAGUUGUUGGAUGUUGCCAUGAUAUGAUGAUAUAUGAUAAUAUGAUAAUAUGAUAAUAUGAUGAUAUGAUGAUAUGAUAAUAUGAUAAUAUGAUGAUAUGAUGAUGUGAUGUUGGAAACUCUCUAAAAAGUCUAAUCUCUAUAUAAAAAAAGCUAGGAUGUGUUUUAUUUAGCUAACAAAUGCUAACAAAUGCUAAUAAAAGCUAAACAAGAAACGCUGAGAAACGCGACUGACGGCAGACGGCAGACAGAGGCUACUAUGCAUGGUGACCGGCCUUGUCCGAAAACUAAAGCUGCAUGUUGACUCCGCCCACUCACUUUUUGACUUUGUGUCACACACACACACACAUAUACACCAACACACACUCUCUAGCUAAAACAAACAAACGCAGCCUCAAGGUAACAAGCAGAAGCAGUGUGUAUCAGCAAAGCAAUAUAACAAUAAUAAUAAUAACUGGACAAUACAAAAAGCGUACAGAAAAUGAUUUAAAAACUAUAAAUGCGCACUAUAAAAAUGUGCAACACCACACACACUGCAGACCUAAACCUAGUACAUGUGCAUCAACUGUAGCUAUCGUAGUCUGUAUGACUGUUUUCAUCCACCACAGAUUCUAUUCUAGACUUUAGUUCAGUUCUAUUUUAGUCCUCUCUUCUUUUUUUACAAAUAUACGAAUAUAUAACUCACUUAUUUUUGUAAAGCCAGAUACAGUUAUGAAUUGAAUGUGGCCGUGGACGACUCACAGAUAUAAAUCAUCAUCAUUCGUGUUCUCAUCAUUUAGACGUGGUAAACUUCGACCCUGUGUUUGUGUUCUCGUUUUUUCUCGUUUCUUUUUGUUGUAUUUUCUCUUUUUUUAUCGUUUUUUUUUUGUUUGUUUUUUUAUAUCCACUGUCUCACAUACUCUCAUUUGCAUGAAUUCUUGAACUUGGCGUCUAUGCAAAACAUCUCUUGAUGGGUUAAACGAAGUAUCCUGUGCCACGAGUCAUUGACAGCCCUCAAAAAAAGAAAGAAAGAAAGAAAGAAAAACAGAAAAAGAAAAGAGUACCACCCCGUCGAGGAAAGGGCUACGGAGAACAAUGAGUGAAUGAGGUGAACUGCAGGAAAAAGGGUAAAGGGCAGCGAUGCCCCGCCCUGAACUUUGGCAAAACGUGGUUAAAAACACGUGAUAUAUACUAUAUAUUUGUUGUAUUCUAUCCAUUCUCUCUCUCUCUCUCUUUAUCUCUCUCUUUCUCUUUCAUUCCAAACCUUAACUCACGUAACCACCAUGUAUACCUGUAUAAAAAAAGCCACCACUGCGUUACUAUAUGCCAUGCAGCAGCGUUGCACUUGAACAUGAUGAUUCCACUACGGCCAAACCAGAAUCCAGUGUGAAAUGUUCAACUGCUUGACUACUUUUCUUCAAAACGUCCCGUUUUGAUCGUUUUUGCAUCCUGAAUUUCUUCACGUCGUGUGUCGCCCCGGCACCAAUGUGACUCUUGAGUUUUCGCGUCAUUCAUCAAUGCCAUAGAAAAAAAAUAAAAUCAAUACUGUAUUAACUUGA